GCGAGCAAAGCUUGCGGGUCUGCGCAGUGCGCGGCUACUGAUGAGAGCACAGGAGCUACCGAGAGGGAGAGAAGGAGAGAGAGCGACCGAGAGCGAGAGAAAAGACCACCACCUUCUACGUUCGCUCGCAGCUUCAGCCUCUUUUUUCUUCUUUUCCCAUUCACUUCUAGUCUAACUGGGUCACUCCCCAAGUUGCUUGCUUCUCAAACACUCCUCAUGGUCACCACCUCAAGCAUUUCUUCUUCUCCUUCCUCUUCUUCUAACCCCUUGCCUGGCUGUGACGUUGUUAUUUACUCCCUCCCUGCUCUUCAUUCUGGCCAAGAGAGAGGGAGAGAGCGAGAGUGAGUAAGAGAAAGAGAAAGAGAAAGACGUGACUGAGCACAAGUGAGCUAGUUUUUUGAAGUUUGGGGUAAAGGGCAUUCGUGCGGUUGCGUUGGUUAGGUCGACGAGGUUCGGGUAAUGCGUUACUGCAGAAUAAAGCGUGGUCGUUGUAGUAGGGGCUUGCGAGAGGUUUAUGGCGCAGUGAUCAGUCCACGAUUGAUUGAAUCUUCUGAUUCUUGAUGGGGAAUAUAUACAAGCGCGGUUGCUGAUGUAGUGAGGCAGUAGCGCUCUGAGUUCCUUCACCUUGAUUGUUGAUGUAAUAGGCGCACCUUUGUGGACCUUCUUGAAGCAGUGAGCAAGUUGUGGACCACGUCGAGUUGUGUCCAUUUUGGGCUUGCCUACUCGCUCCUGUCAGUGUCGACUUGAGUGUCUUAGUGCGGAUUCAGUCACGUCUGUCUCCCCAUCUUUUUUUCUCUCAUUAGUCCGACUUGAGUUACUCCCCUUCUGUCUUGUGUCGUUUGUUGUGGACUCGUACAGCUACCGAACCUGUUCCAAAUUUGUUCUGUAAGUGAUACAGUUUCGAAGUUCGACAGUGAGGAUAGUUGUGAAGACGAAGUUUGGGAGGACUCUGUUAUGAAGAGUUCGGGAAGGUUCUGUUGCCGCAUCUGAGCGUGACGGCCAACUCUAAUAGCUUCACUUCUUUAUCUGCUCCCUCUCGUGGUAAUCGUCCUCGUCUCCAUAUCGACCGGUAGCGGUGUCUUGUGUCGUGAUUCUUGCGGGUGGUCUACGAAGUUCUCGUUCACUCGGAGACGUGAGAUCCUUGACGCUAGCGUGGGUUUCUUAAACUGAUAAAUAGAAGCAAUCAACUGGGUUGUUGAUAAAUUGUUCAUGUAUGGGUUAUCCUGUGCAAUUUCACACGGAGGGUGCUGUGCAGUCUUCGGAUGAUGAAUCAGACAGUGACUUCAGGGAAUCGGAGCCUUUACUACAGGUCCAAUUAGUGGCACCGCCAUCAUCAGACGAUGAAUUGGAGAGCUUUGUAGGCGAGAAACCCGGAUUUCUAGGAUUAUUGGAUUCAAGUAUGCGUAAUCCAAUGAAAUUUGACAGGGAGAGAGCCGUACCGUCUUCGGAUGAUGAAUCGGACAGUGAUCACUCCCAUGAAUCGAUUCCUUUGUUUCAUGUCCACUCGAAGGCGCCGCCUUCUUCAGACGAUGAAUCGGAAGUUUCUCUAUGCAAGGAAAACCCUCUACAACAAUGUCCCUCACCUUAUCAGAUUUUCGAAGAAUUGAAGAAUUUGCUUGAAAUUGCAGGCCCGCUGGCUGCCUUGAAUUGCGUGCUUUACGUUCGGGCCAUGGUAUCUGUGUUGUGCUUAGGCAGACUAGGCGGCUUGCAGCUCGCAGGAGGUGCUCUCUCACUAGGCUUCACGAACAUUACAGGCUACUCAGUGCUAUCUGGUCUCGCAACAGGGAUGGAUCCAAUAUGUAGUCAAGGUAUCGGAUCCGAAAAUUACCGCCUGAUUGGGCUUGCGCUUCAGAGGACUAUCCUGAUUCUCCUUACCGCAUGCCUUCCGAUCAGUUUGCUAUGGUAUAAUCUAGAAAGUAUACUCUUGGCGCUUCGUCAGGAUCCUGAAAUCACCGCGAUGGCAAGCUUGUACUGCUUCUUUACCAUUCCGGAUUUGCUGGCGAAUAGCAUCAUGCAUCCACUUAAGAUCUACUUGAAGUCCGUAGGGCUUGCUGCCCCAAUGUUUUGGUGCUCAGCGCUGGCGGUGGUGUUGCAUGUUCCUCUCAACAUUCUCUUCGUUUUCAUUCUGGAUCUCGGCGUGCCUGGAGUUGCGAUUGCUGUCGUCUGCACAAACUUCAACAUGGUUUUCUUCAAUUUAGGGUAUUUGAAGUAUUCAGAUGUGUUGAAAGACAGAUGGGUCCCGUGGUCCACCGAAUGUUUGCGAGGUUGGGGGCCGAUACUGACACUCGCUCUGCCCAGUUGCUUGGCGGUCUGCCUGGAGUGGUGGUGGUACGAGAUUGUGACGCUGCUAGCAGGAUAUUUGCCAAACCCACAGGUGGCUGUUGCAACUACGGGGGUGAUCAUACAGACCACUGCAUUGAUGUACACAUUUCCUCAGGCUUUGAGUUCUUCAGUAUCUACCCGAGUCGGAAAAGAGCUUGGAGCGGGAAAUCCUGCACGUGCAAGGAUAGCCACAUUUGUGGCCCUCAGCUGUGCACUUAUCGUCGCUGUGGUCAGUUUAACAUGGACCACCGUACUGAGAGGUAUAUGGGGUCACGUCUUCACAAAAGAUGAAAAUGUGUUGGCUUUGACCGCAGCAGUGUUACCUCUGAUAGGUCUUUGUGAGCUUGGCAAUUGUCCCCAAACGACUGGUGUUGGUGUUCUCCGUGGUAGUGCCAGGCCUUGGACGGGGGCGAGCAUCAACUUGGGUUCGUUUUAUUUAGUUGGAACACCCGUUGCAGUGGCGCUAGCCUUUUGGUUCAGAAUAGGGUUUGGGGGACUUUGGUAUGGACUUCUGGCAGCACAAAUCGCGUGUGCUGCCUCAAUUUUGUUUGUUGUCCUACGCACUGACUGGGAGGAUGAGGGAUUACAGCUGAUGGUUAAGACGAGCAACAGGGUUGUGCCAAUGGAUAUUGACGAGGUACAAUUGGAGGAGGGUCUAUUUUCACCGAAGAAGAUACAGUCUGGAGGACUCAUAACGAAUGUGAAUCUUGAUUCUGAAACGAGGUUGGUGACUGUUGAUGGAGCGACUGGACAACAUUACAGUCACUGUGGAAUUAACAUUGCGCAGCAAGAGAGCUAUCAAUGUACAUAACAUUUUCCUUUUCUUCAUUCCCCACACCUUUUCCCGAAUACCCAGCUUUUUGUAGUCAGGGUCUUAGCCUUGGAUUUUGUUCGUUAGGCUGUUGGGUGUUCCAGAUGUAUCAUAUAAGAAAGUUGCUCAGCACAGGUUGCAUUUUUUCUAUUUUCUGGUUUAGGGGCUGGGGAUUUUCUGCAGAUGCCUGUCACCCCACGCCUCAUGAGGCAUGUAAAGGGCAUUUUCUUUCCUCCAUAGCGAAAACGGAUCGGGUUUGUUGGGGUGGCACAUUGCCACUUACAUGCCGAGAGCGCUCACGCAAGGCAGUGGGCUUAUCAACCCGUUCAAUGACAAAUUUUUCUUGUCAAGCUGUAUGAUGUACCCACAGAUUAGGUUGGAUGACGUUAUAUGAAUCUUUUUGUAAAUACCCAUCUUUUAUACAUUAAGCACUGUUCUUUGCUGUCUUACUCUUCA